AUGAACUACCCGGUGGGGUUCCGCUUCGCCCCGACGGACGAGGAGCUGGUCGAGUACUACCUCCUGCCCCGGCUGCAAGGCCGGCAACACGUGCCCAACGACGCCAUCAUCGAGGACAACGUCUACCAGUGCCACCCCGACGAGCUCGUCAACGGCAAGUACAAGGACAAGGGACAAGACAACAACUGGUUCUUCCUGACGUCGAGGACUCGCAAGUACGUCAACGGCGGCAGGCCGGCCCGGUCGACGGACGACGGCCGGGGGCGGUGGAAGGCGUCGACGGGCACCACGGAGGUCGUCGGCGCCACCGUCACGUACAAGGAGAGCGGCCUCGCCUACCAUGAAGGCCCCAUCAAGACCGAGAAGAAGACCAAGUGGCUCAUGCACGAGCUCACCGUCCCGGAGUACGAGAACAAGCUCGACAAGAGCGGUGUCCGGCCCAAAUCCGAUACGCUGGAUGAGUACGUCAUGUGCAGGAUCUACGUGACGCCGAGGAAGCGGAAAAGGAACGACGAUGAGGCGGGCCCCAGCGGGACGUCGGAAGAAUUUACGUGUCAGGAGCCCGGGCUGGUGGAGACGGCGGGGCCGAAGCUCUCGGAGCGACAGGCGGGCAAGAGGCCCGUCGAGCCGGAGCAGCCUGCCCCGCCCCCGCCGGACCGAUGCUUCGGACCACAAGACGGCAUGCAAGUGCGCCGUUUCGGGACUGCUACUGGGUACCCCCACGGUGGAACCGGGCUGACGAUGGUAUGCAACCCCUAUGCAUCAAUGGCGUGGCCGCCGGUGGCGUUCACCGGCGAGAUGACCGAGUACGGGGCCGCCACACCUCCCCAUGGCUAUUUCGCCCAGGCAACGAUGAUGCGACAAAUGGGCGCCACGUCCGCGCAAGCGUUCGGACCACCGCCGGCGACUCUCCUGCGACGUCCACAGAUGACGCAGAAGCAGCCGGAGACGGAAGAGAUGCGCCAGAAGCGAGUGUAUCAGCAACAUGUGAACGAAAUGGUGAUGUGCGGCAUGAUGCAACAGCCUGGAAAUGCGUCUUACGCUGCGCAGCAGCCGCGGCCGAUUGCGAUCAUGAAGCAGGAGCAGCAGCAACCAUACUUUGGCGCUGGAGUCAACAAUCAUCAUGUGGCCCCUCAGUUUUUGCCUUGUAACGAUCAAACUGUCCAAGUUCAGAAUUGGCAGUGCAGUUUGGCGGUCCCAGACUCUGGCGGCGCGGCAACGAUGCCGACGACGGUCAAGGCGGAGGAGGAUGUAGAGACUGGGGCCGCAAACGAGGGGACCGACGUCAAUGGGGAUUGCAACAGUGAUGGCGAGAAGCCCUUUGGGAAGGUUGAGACUAAUAAGGGUCCGUUUGGUUGA